AAAAGUACUUCCGGCGAAAGCAGGAAGUGCUGCGGCGUCGCCAUGGCGACCGCGGGGCAGGCGCUGGCCAUGGCGGUGGUGGCCGCGCUGUGGGGAGGCACCGGGCCGUUCCUGAGGGCGGCAGCGGCGGGCAUGGAGGAGCUGCGGGGCCGGGGCCGCCUGCGGCAGCUGCUGGCAGAGCUGCGCUUCCUCAGCCUCAACUGCCAGUACCUGGUGCCCUUCCUGCUCAACCAGGCUGGAUCUCUGCUCUUCUACCUCACCUUGGCCUCCACAGAGCUGUCCCUGGCAGUGCCACUCUGCAACUCCCUGGCUUUGGUUGUGACCUUGGUGACUGGGAAAAUCCUGGGAGAGGACAUUGGGGGGAAAAGAGCUGUGGCAGGAAUGCUGCUCACCAUGCUGGGGCUGUCCCUGUGCCUGGCUGGGGCCUGAGGCAGCAGCAGAGGCUGACCCAGGGCUCCUCCCGGGCCUGGGGGGGCUCCUGGCUCAGCCCCACCUGGGAAGGUGUUUUGGGAUGGAUCCCAAACAAAACCCAUGGACUGCACUCCCAGGGUGGCCCCAGUGCAGGGACAGCAGCCAGGUUUGUGCCUUAAGGGGAUUUUGGUGGCUCUUUGAAGACCACAGGGAUUAAACUGGCUCGUCCAGCACUUGGGGGGUAAGAAAGGGUUAAUAAAUGAUCCAGUGUGA